CUCAAGUCAACGUCAACUUCAAAACUCAAUGAAAAGGAGGCGUAUUCUUAUAAAUUGAAUUGUAGAUUUUCAAUAUCUUUUAAUAAUGAUUCGUUUCAUCCUCAUUCAAAACCGUGCUGGUAAGACACGUCUUGCAAAAUGGUAUAUGAAUUUUGACGAUGAUGAAAAACAGAAAUUAAUUGAAGAAGUACAUGCAGUAGUUACUGUACGCGAUGCGAAACAUACUAAUUUCGUUGAGUUUCGUAACUUCAAAAUAGUGUACAGAAGAUAUGCUGGUUUAUAUUUCUGCAUUUGUGUGGAUGUAAAUGACAACAAUCUGUGUUAUCUGGAGGCAAUACAUAACUUUGUGGAGGUGCUCAAUGAAUAUUUCCAUAAUGUAUGCGAAUUGGAUUUAGUAUUCAACUUUUUCAAGGUCUACACAGUUGUUGAUGAGAUGUUCUUAGCGGGAGAGAUCAGGGAAACAUCUCAGACCAAAGUAUUGAAGCAGCUGCUUAUGUUGAACUCUCUAGAAUAAGCAAUGAUAAGGCUUGGUUAUGCUUGUAAGCUUAUAAGUAAUUGUGUAGAGGUUUUGUGAAUGUUACAUAAUUGUUAUGUAGUAUCGUCAACACAUAUGUAGGUAACUAUGUUGUGUUUUCACAUUAUGUAAGGGAUGAUAAUUUUUUUUACAAAGUUUGUAAUGAAAUUUACAGUUACAUACACAGUUAUUGAUACUCCAAAUUGAUUUGGCUUAUGAACAUUUUAUAUAAGCCCUUUUUGUGUAAAAAAAUAAAUUCCAGCUUGAUACCUUCACUCAUUCCUGAAAUAAACAUUCUUGACAUACAGACAGAUGGACAACAAAGUGAUCCUAUAAGGCUUCCGUUUUUUCCAUUCGAGGAAACCCUUAAAAAUGAUCACUUUUCUCAUUAAACAGAUCUUGAGUUUAAAAUUUUACUUUUAUUAUAAUAAGCAUUAAGAUCUUUGUCUGUUAGAAAUAUGUUUUUUUUUUACGUUUGAUAAGCCAGUGCUUGACCACCAUCCCACCUGGUGUUAGUAAGUGCCUAUUCACUCUACUUUUGAAGGUCCCAACAUCAUAUUUGGACGGAAAAACAAAUGUUAGAAAAUAUCUACAGAUGGUCAUUAAAGUUAAUUAGAUAGAAUAUUUUCCAGCUUUAAAGAUAAAUGUAUGUAUUGAAACACAGAACUUAUUCAUUCAAACUUGUUGAGACAUUUUGUCCUUAGCGCUGAAUAGUUUCCGAGACCAUUGGAGAACCUUUAUCAGAGAACCCCACUCAUCCAAGUGGUUUAGCUCUUAUAUAUUAUUUGUUUUAAAAUUUUAAAUUGACUUUUCAGGUUCAGUAUUGUUCUCAACUUUUAGUCAAUGUUUGAUGUCAUAGUAAAAACAUAGUUUAUAUAUUUGAGAUUAGGAUGUUACAGUGCUGAUUGGUAUGUUAGCAUUAAUUUUAUAUGUAUAUAGGUGAUAUGUAUGAUCUUUUGUGGAAUUACUAUAUUUUUAUAUGUGUUUAGUUACUUUUAAGAUAUAUUGCUGUCUCCUAAAAUCCUGCUUCAAAAUAUUACGAAUAAUUUUUAAAAAAGUGCUGGAGAUGACAAAAAUCUUAAGUUUCUUCUUGCAUGUGGGUAGUUUAAAAUAUUCUAGAUGUGAAACGUAUUUAAAUGUUUAUUAUCAUAUAGUUAUUAAGUGUUAAA